UCGAGGAACCACACCAUCCAAUCCAACUCGAAGAAGCGCGCGAGAUCGAUCUCGGUCGGCGUCCAUGGCGGCGGAGCCCUACCCCUACGACGAGCUGAUCAUGGAGCCGGCCGAGCCGUGGCCCUACCCCUACCCCUACGACGAGCUGGUCGUCAUGGGGCCGGAGCCCGAAGAGCCAUUCCCUUUCUCCGAUGACGUCUGGUGGAGGCAGUUGGAGGAGAAGGGCGGCCAGCCGUGGUCACAGUCCCAAGAAGAAGAGUUCCGGGAGCUGUUCCCCAUCCCGCUCCCCGACGACGACGACGACGACAACCCUGCUGCUGCUGCUCCGGGUCAACCCGCUCCUCGGGCCCCGGCGUGGUGGCUUCCUCUGCCGCCGGCUGCGGCCGACGCCCACCAGCUCCCGCAACCGCCGCCGCCGGAGGAGCAGGGUCAUGCCGUCUUUGAUGCUGCUCCGCCGCAGGCGUGGGUUCCUCUGCCACCGGCUGCGGCCGGCGCCCACCAGCUCCCGCAACCGCCGCCGCCGGAGGAGCAGGGCCAUGCCGUCUUUGAUGCUGCUCCGCCGCAGGCGUGGGUUCCUCAGCCGCCGGCUGCGGCCGACGCCCACCAGCUCCCACAGCCGCUGCCGCCGGAGGAGGCCGGUUAUGAUGUCUUGGACGACCAGUGGAUGAUGCAAGAGGGCGGCGACGGCGAACCGUAUCAUUUCCUGCAGCCUCUGUCGCCGGUGGAGGAGGGUCGUCAUGACGUCUUGGACGGACAGUGGAUGCAAGAGGGAGACGACGACGGCGAGCCGUGGUCCCAGCUGUACUUGGCCCCGCCGCCGCCGGACGACCAGUGGAUGCAGCAGCUGCUCGACUAGGACUAGGAGUACCAACAUGAUCACUAUCCGAUCGACCGCCGUCCAGUCUAAUUACAGUUAUCUUCUCUAGCAUCGUAAUGUAAUACUCCAAGCUCUUAUUGUUACGAAAUCAGUUGAGUAUUAUGAAUUAACGAUGAUCCAACAAUACUUGAUCGUUGUUUGGGGAUAUAUGAUUUUUGGUUCUUGUCGGUGGAUAUUGCAAGAUGAUGAUUGAUG